CAAGCUUUGUCACUCGCUCUGGUACAAACCCCAACACACACGCUCACUGUCCCUCCCUCUCCCCAAAACUGUUUUCCCACUAUUCCCUCCCCACUUCUCCACCAUUCCCACACCCUAAAACACUCCCAUCUCCCAUGAAAAAUUCUCGUUUAUUCGAACAAACUCCCCCACCUAGUCCCCCUCACCAAUAAAAAAAAAGAAGAAAAACAUCUCACUUUCUUUCCUUUUCCUCACCACCGGCGGCUACUCUCAUCUCGUUUCUUCCCCCUACAAAAAAUGGAAAAAAAACAAGGUUUCUUCUCGGCGCUCAAAGAAGAAGUUGUCCGUGGCCUCUCCCCUUCUCGUUCCCGCUCCAACAGCCCGGCUCGAACCGCGUCUCCAAUGUCGGGCCUGCUUCGCCGCAAAAAACACAAGGAAACUUCCUUCUUCGCGUCGCAACCAGAACCAGUGAUUGGGAGAUCAGGGAGUUUGAGGCCAAUGGUUGGGGAAGCGUUAUCUCCACUAAUGGAGGGUCCGGAUCCGGAUGGAGGGGAAGGUGAGCGUAAACGGGUCGGGUCGGGUUUGGGUCAGUGGAUGAGAGGGCAGUUAUCGAGGGCUCCAUCGGUUACUAGUUUGGCUUACAAGAGGUCUGAUCUGAGGUUGUUGCUUGGGGUUAUGGGUGCACCAUUGGCUCCAGUGCAUGUUAGCACUUUGGACCCUUUGCCUCACCUUAGCAUUAAAGACACUCCCAUUGAAACUUCCUCUGCCCAGUACAUAUUGCAGCAGUACAUGGCAGCGUCCGGUGGGCACCAGGUGCAGAACUCUAUUCGAAAUGCGUAUGCCAUGGGAAAGCUUAAGAUGAUAGCUUCGGAAUUUGAAACACCCACGAGGGUGGUCAAGAACCGGAAUGGUGCUAGAGGUGUGGAAUCGGGUGGGUUUGUGCUUUGGCAGAUGAAUCCUGAUAUGUGGUAUGUUGAGCUAGCGGUUGGGGGUAGCAAGGUUCAUGCUGGCUGCAAUGGCAAACUUGUUUGGAGGCACACACCUUGGCUUGGUGCACAUACUGCUAAAGGCCCUGUUAGACCCUUGCGUCGAGCACUUCAGGGUCUUGAUCCAAGAACCACAGCCAGUAUGUUUGCUGAUGCAAAGUGCAUAGGAGAGAAAAACAUAAAUGGUGAGGAUUGCUUUAUACUAAAGCUUUUUGCUGAUCCACAGACUCUGAAGGCCCGGAGUGAAGGCCCUGCAGAGAUCAUAAGGCAUGUUUUAUUUGGCUACUUCAGUCAAAAGACUGGACUUCUUGUUCACAUGGAGGAUUCACAUCUGACCCGUAUCCAAUCCAAUGGUGGAGAUGCAGUUUACUGGGAAACAACAAUCAAUUCGUUCCUUGAUGAUUACAGGCCAGUUGAAGGGAUCAUGAUUGCCCACUCGGGUCGUACUGUGGUGACUCUUUACAGGUUUGGCGAGGUAGCAAUGAGCCAUACCAAGACAAAGAUGGAGGAAGCUUGGACUAUUGAAGAGGUUGCAUUCAAUGUGCCCGGCCUUUCAGUAGACUGUUUUAUCCCUCCAGCAGAUUUAAAAUCAGGGUCCUUUAGUGAAGCUUGUGAGCUAGCUCAGGAUGAAAGGGGAAAGAGUGCAAUGGCAUUAGCAGCAUAUCGGGCGAAAGUUGCAGCCCUAGACAAGUCAGAUGAUAGCUGUGCAGAUAACAUGAUAUGGAAGAUGGAGGUGUCUGAUUGAGGGGUAGGAUUGCAUUACUACAAUUGUUUAUACUGGUAGCUAGCUUUAAUUGACUAACGGAUUAGAAGUUACAAAGUAGGAGUUCAAGUCAUUUUUUGGACUUCGGGAUCUGCCUCUGUUAAUCUGUAAAUAGAGCAUGAUCAUUCACCGGCUCAAACUAGGGCCUGGACGAAUCUUUGUACUCUCAAUGCAGGAUCCAGCUAAGGUGUUGGAGCUCGGUUUUCCAAUUAGGGAUAGAGCAAAUGGAGGUUUAGUUUUAGUUUACCUUCCAUGUCUGGAGGAAGGUGGUGAAGCUUUAAAAUAGCAGAACUGUUAACCUUCUAUACAUUUUUACUAAUUCUAUCUUGAAUGCAUACAGCGGUGGCAGUAGAAAGGAAAACUGCUUCUGGCUAACAUGAGUUUUAACUCGAAUGUCUAGUUUGUUCACUUCUGUUUGUGGGCUUGUUACUCUUAUGUGGAUGCUCAGUUUUUAUUGAAGGGUCUUCUCGGUUUUGAAGGGAAUGGAAGUUUCCGGUAUCUGAUGAAUGCAGGCAGGGUAAAACGAGACCAGCUAGUUUCUUCACCGUUCUGCAUCUGUUUUUUGCAGUGCUUUUCCAUUGCUGUUGAAAGGGAUGUAAACCAUGAUAUUUAUUGAUCAAAUAUUGAAUGAUUAAUGCUUAUUAUUGUUGAGAUCA